AUGACGAAAAUAUUCAUCAAGAAUGUUCGCGUCUUCGAUAGCGAGGUGAUCCGUGAAGCGGGAAAUGUCGUCUUCACUCGGUCUGCCGGCAAUAUCCAGGACCCCAUGGCCGAUGGCUCUGAGGCCGAGACGUCUGAUUGCGUCGUUGACGGGCGUGGCUGCUCAUUGUUACCCGGCUUUAUUGACGUUUACGCAAACAUCAAGGGUGCGAAUGCUGCUCUUGGUUCUUUUGCGAGUUACGGAGUCACCACCGUUAUCGACCUGAGCAGCAAUACACAGCAAUGCCAGGCUCUGCAAGUCUAUGCUGCCGGUAGGACGGGUCUGCCCACUUUCUUCACAUCUGGCACUGGGGCCACGUCUGCUAAGGACUGUCAAACGCAGCUGUACGACAGCCCGUACGAGUCCAUCAUCAGCACGUGCGAAGAUGCCAUGAGAUAUGUCUCGGCGAGAUCGAGCGGCCCGGACCGAGCAGACUUCAUCAAAGUCGUCGUCGACAUUUACUUGCCGACGGACGAGAUUCUUAAGACCAUUGUCGGCGCCGCUCACGCCCAUGGCAAGCUCACCAUUGCCCGCACCGCCGGCAAAGCAAGCUACGAACGCGCCAUGCUCGCCGGCUUCGACAUCUUUGCCCAUGCGCCGCUCGACGCGGCCCUGGACCCCGCCAUGGCGCGCGAGAUGGCCGCCCAGGGCAAGGUCUUCGUGCCGACGCUCGGCAUGAUGUGGAGGCGCGCGCAGGCCGAGAAGUCCGAUACAUCCACCGCGAUAACCAGCGACACCGGUGAUAGGGACCGGCCGGACCACGACGACAACUCUGCCGACACGGGCUCGAGACAGCACACCGACCCGGGUGCCAGCGUGGGCAGCGACUACAACAACGCGACGGCUACCGUGCGCACGCUGCACGACGCCGGUGUCACCAUCUGCGCCGGCACGACGGCGAACCUGAUCCCGGGAGUCCAGAUACCGUUUGGCGAGAGCUUGCACGAGGAGCUGCGCCUGCUCGUCGACGCCGGCAUGCCGCGGCUCGACGUGCUGCGCUCGGCGACCUGCGUGGCUGCCAAGGCGUUCCGGCUCAGCGACCGCGGCAUCAUCCGGGGCGGCCUCCGGGCUGAUCUUGUCCUCGUCGAGGGGAACCCUCUGGAAGACAUCAAUGCGACCCGAAACAUCAGGAGGAUCUGGAUACAGGGGGAAGAGGUCGAUCCUAAAAAAAUUGCGGCAUAA